UUAAUUAAACUAAUCAAGGCGGGAAAAUACACACGCUAGUACUCAAAAAUUAGUGAAAGAUUAGCAUGUUUGAGAACAUUAAUCAGUCUUUGUUUGUUUUUUUGUUAUUUAUUUAUUUGUCUACACACUUAACAAAACUUAAAACCAGGAAAUCAUCAGAAAAAACCAAACACUCCCCCAAAAAUCUCUCUGCAAAUUAAAAAAUUCUCAGUCUAAUGAGUUUUCUCUCUCUAUUCAGAACUCAUAUAUCUUGUGUUUUUUACUUCUGAUUUCUGAUAAAUAUGUAUGAACCCUGUUCCUCCUCCUCUUCUUCUUCUUCUACUACCACUACUACUUCUUUAGCUUGUCCAGUACUUGAAUCCGACGAAAUAUCUCUUUUUGUUCAACAUCUUUUUCACUCUUCUUCUUCUUCUACAAUAACUUGUACUUCUUCUUCUUCCUCUUCUAUCAAACAAAUGCCUCUUUCAGCACAAUUUGCUAAAUCAUUUCAAGAAGAUCAACAAAAUCGUUCAUGUCUAACGAAUCAUUUACCUGAUCAUACUCAUCAUAAUCGUAAUAUUCACUCAGAUUUUCGACUCAGAAACGAUUCAUCUAAUUUGUUUCUUUCUUCUUCUGCUGCUGCUGGUAGUCUUUAUUUUCCUUCUGCUUCUUCUUCUGAGAUUAUUAAAGAUUCAACAACUACUACUACAACUGUAAUUUCUGAUACUGGUGGUGUUAAUAGAGAUUUUGAUCAGAAAGAUUCUGAUGCUGUAAAUGUUUCUGUUAAAAGAAGAAAAUUUCCUGUUGAUAAUAUUGAUCUCGAUGAUUAUGAUGGUGAAAGCGAGGAAGGACUUGAAGGAUCGGAAGGGCCAUCAAAAACAGUUCCAUCUCGAAGUUCUUCAAAGAGAAGUAGAGCAGCUGAAGUUCAUAAUUUGUCUGAAAAAAGGAGGAGAAGUAGAAUCAAUGAAAAGAUGAAAGCUUUGCAGAAUCUAAUUCCUAAUUCUAACAAGACCGAUAAAGCUUCAAUGCUCGAUGAAGCAAUCGAGUAUCUUAAACAACUCCAGCUUCAAGUUCAAAUGUUAUCAAUGAGAAACGGGUUGAGUUUGCAUCCCUUGUACCUGCCUGGAGUUUUACAGCCUCCACAGAUGACUCAGAUGCGUAAUAUGAGCUUUGGCGAAGGAAAUGCACUUCCACAGCAUAUGAACAUUGGAACAGGUACACAUCCUGCGAGCCAAGAAGCACAAAAUUCCUUUGCUUUAUCAAACCAAAGCACAGCUUUGCAUCAACCUAUGGUCCUUCCAAAUAUGACAAAUAUAGCCCUUCCAACAACAUCAUUUGGCUUGGACUCAUCAUUAAUUCAGCUCCACCAUGGACAGUUCCAGUUAUCCACAGCUUCUGAGGAAAUAUAUAGGGAAGAUGUUCCACUUCCACAGCAAUUGCACAAAAGUAUCUCUACCAGGAAUGCCUCAGCUUCUGUACCCUUUGAUUCGCGAUCAUCAAUAGUAGAGAACACAGACACUGUGGAAUCUUCUGUGGCGCGAGGAAAUAGACCACAAGCCAUGCUCCCGAAAGACGUAACAGAUGACCAAAAUUUCAUUCAGCAUAUGCACAACAUACAUACAAGAAGUUUGAUGGACGAUGAUGGCAAGAUAAAGACAAAGACGGUGGAUUUUUAGUUAUUGGUUUCGGGUCCAUCCAUAACUUAGGCUAAUUUGUUCGGUGCCUUGUGUAUCUGUUAAUUUUCACAAGCACCGAAUCAUUUUGCUAAUUUUCAUUUCCUGAUGGAAGAAUCGGCUCUUAAACAGGUUGUAAGAAAGGUUGGUACCAAACAGAAGAAAUUUCAAGUAAAAACACUAUUCCUCUAAGUGUAACAUCUUCAUUUUGUGACCCCAGUUUUUGUGGGCCUUUCAUAGGCAAUGCAGUUCGAGUUUCAUGUUUCA